CGGUCAGCUGCAUGUCGCUGGGGUCCUUGGAAGCGGUUGGCGGGAUUUGUAGUCCGGUAGCGCAGCAGCAGCAGCAGCAGCAGAGUGUGACCAGUCGGCUGACAGGGACGUAGCGUCGGCAAAGGCAUAACACGAGCACGGAACACAAUGGCUGCCAUGAUGCUGAACGCGAUGCGGCGCUGCUCUCUCAGACCUUCCUGGGCGAUGCGGUUCGGGGCAUGCUCUCUCAGUACGACGACCCAGCUUCAGGCUCAGGUUCAGACAAAAAGCAAGAAGACGCUGGCUCGGCCUGGUGUGAAGAACAUCGUACUGGUGGAGGGAGUUCGAACCCCGUUCCUGUUGUCUGGAACCACAUACGCUGACCUCAUGCCCCACGACCUGGCCAGGGCAGCUCUGCAGGGUCUGUUGAACAGGACAAAUUUACCCAAAGAUGCUGUAGACUACAUCAUCUAUGGAACCGUCAUCCAGGAGGUCAAAACUAGCAACGUGGCAAGAGAGGCAGCGCUGGGUGCAGGCUUCUCUGACAAGAUCCCCGCUCACACCGUCACCAUGGCCUGCAUCUCCUCCAACCAGGCGAUGACCACAGGCGCUGGUCUGAUCGCUGCGGGCCAGUGUGACGCUAUCGUGGCCGGCGGGGUGGAAUUCAUGUCCGAUGUUCCCAUCCGCCACAGCCGCAAGAUGAGGAAGACCAUGCUGUCCCUCAGCAGAGCGAAGACCCUCGGCCAGAGGCUCGGUCUGAUUGGCAGCAUCCGCCUGGCACACCUCACCCCAGAGCUUCCUGCUGUGGCCGAGUUCUCCACAGCUGAAACGAUGGGCCACAGCGCCGACCGUCUGGCCGCUGCGUUCGGGGUCUCCAGAUUGGAGCAGGACGAGUUUGCCCUGCGAUCGCACACUCUUGCCAAAAAGGCCCAGGACGACGGUCUGCUGCAGGACGUCAUCUCCUUCAAAGUGCCAGGUCGUGAUAUUGUUUCCAAGGACAACGGCAUCCGUCCAUCCUCCAUGGAGCAAUUGAAAAAACUGAAGCCCGCCUUCAUCAAACCUCACGGCACAGUCACGGCUGCCAACUCCUCCUUCCUGACAGACGGUGCCUCCGCUGUGCUCAUCAUGUCUGAAGAGAAAGCUUUGGCUAUGGGUUACAAGCCUAAAGCCUACCUCAGAGACUUUGUCUACGUGUCUCAGGACCCCAAAGAUCAGCUGCUCCUCGGGCCAACGUACGGAACGCCCAAAGCCCUGGAGCGAGCCGGCUUGUCCAUGAGCGACAUUGAUGUCUUUGAGUUCCACGAGGCGUUUGCAGGUCAGAUAAUGGCGAAUCUGAAGGCUAUGGACUCGGAUUGGUUUGCCCAGACAUACAUGGGCAGGAAAACAAAGGUGGGGACUCCUCCAAUGGAGAAGUUCAACCUGUGGGGCGGCUCUCUGUCCUUGGGUCAUCCGUUCGGAGCAACUGGCUGCAGGCUGGUCACCACAGUGGCCCACCGGCUGCAGAAGGAGGGGGGACAGUACGGACUGGUGGCGGCGUGUGCCGCCGGAGGACAGGGUCAUGCCAUGGUGAUCGAGGCCUACCCCCAGUAAAGCACUUGAAGUUACGUCUCUAAUACGGAUCUUCCUGUUUCGUCACGACAGCGACACACACACUAACAUCCAGAUAACCAGAGUGUACAGACUAGCACCACUUUGCCUUGGUCUGAGGGGAGUCAGAUGCAGUACGUGAGUGUGUGUGUGUGUGUGUGUGUGUGUGUAAUGAAGCUUGUGUAAAUUAAACUUUGCGUAGAGGAAGUUAAAUUAUAGCAGAAUGGUGCUGAGGAAAGGGUUUUGCCUUUUGAUGUUGUGGACUUAGAGGCGCGUCGUGUCAGCAGCAUCGUCACCGAAUGUAACAUAGCAAAGUCUGAGCACUCAGAGGAACCACAGUGCUAAUGUUUAUAUACGCUGUUAUAUUUUUUUUUGGUACAAACUUGUGGGAAUUAAAUGAUGUGAUGAUUACCACACGGGCA